AUGACAACAGAGGAAGACUUGACUGUGGAAAACAAAAGAUGGAUAUGGGUACCCUGUUCAUACGAGCUGUACAAGCCUGCAUAUGUUGUAGGGGAGACAUCUACACAUGUAAAGACACAAUCAAAUGUUUUAGAAUCCUUCAAGCAAUCCGAAGUUUUUAAGAUGAAUCCAGCCAAGUUUGAUAUGGUCGAAGACCUAGCUCUACUGUCCCACCUCAAUGAGCCCAGUGUCCUUCACAAUCUUAAGAAAAGAUAUGAAGAGUCUUUUAUUUACACCUACUCUGGUCUGUUUCUUAUUUCCCUCAAUCCUUACAGACAGUUAGGCAUCUAUACUGAUGAAGUAAAAAAGAAUAUUACUUUGAAGAAGUAUAGAGAAGCCGAGCCCCAUAUAUUUGCAGUAGCCAACGAGGCUUACCGUUGUCUUCUCUCUAAUAGAGAGAACCAGUCUAUUCUGAUUACUGGCGAAAGCGGUGCCGGGAAGACAGAAAACACCAAAAGAGUGAUAGAAUUUCUGUCAACUGUUGCCAGCGACAGCAGAAGUGGCAAGUCCAUUGAUACUCUUUUACUUUCAGCCAAUCCUAUCCUUGAAGCCUUUGGAAACGCCAAAACAGUAAAGAAUGAUAAUAGUUCUAGGUUUGGUAAGUUUAUUCAGCUAAAGUUCAAAGGGGGGAAUAUCUGUGGCGCUAGGAUUGAAAAAUACUAUUGGAAAAAUCCAGGGUUACUCAUCAAUGUCCUGGCGAAAGAUCGUACCAUAUUUUCUAUUAUCUUCUGA